UGCCUGGGGCCUAGGUGUUCUGUGUCCUGGGUCAGGCCCUGUUUGGCCUCUGCCACUGAAGCCUCAGCCUCGAACUGGUGGCUCGUGGAUCUCCGAGCACAGAGAAAGCCCUAGAGGACAUGCCUGGGGGCUGGGGCCACUUCCUGGUCCUUGCUGUGGCCCCCAUGCCGAGUGCCCAGCAGUUGGUGGCCGGUGGUUCUUCCCAUACCGGGAACACCUCAGCCAGGGAGCCAGCAGCUGCGGCCGAGGCCCCCGCCUUGCCCUGCCCUCUCUUGGUGGCUGCUUCCCACGAGUGGCCUGACGCCCUGCAGGACAAAGCGAUGGAGGCCUCAGAGGGUGGCUGAGGGCCGCCUUCCCUGCCAGUGCUGAGUGUCUCAAAGCUUUCUUGGGCUUUGCUGGUGUGGGUGGCCUGAGUCCCACGGGAGGCUGUGAAUGACAUCCCAGCCCUGGGGUGCUCAGGGCCCCGUGGAGAGAUGGAUGAGCGGGGGGCAGUGGGGAAGGGGUGACAGGGUGGACACUGUGUCCCUCUGUGUAGAGUAAAGAUCAGGAGCUGGAGGUUUCUGCAGGUCAGAUCAUCCCAGGACAGGCCAGGGUGAGUCGCUUUGGAGGAAACAUCUCCCCAUCACUGGAGGCAUCCAAGCAGUGGCUGUUCCCCUAUCCCUGCGCCUCCAGCCCUGCGGGCCAAAUGCCUGACCCACCGGCCCUCCUCAGGAGCAUGACGUCAGCCUUUGAGAGGGUGGUCAAGAGUAUAGUCCAGGAGCUGGACCACAGCAGGGAGCUCAUCCCUGUAGACAGCCUGCGGAGCUCCACCAGCUUCCAGCUCUACUGCCUGUUGAGCAGGAAGUGCUCAAGUUCAUGGUUCUGGAAACCCCGCUUUGUGUGUCUCAACCUGUCCAUCAAGGAUAUCCUGGAACCUGAUGCACCAGAACCAGCUGUGGAGCCUGAUGGCCCCUUCCACUUCCACGACGCCGUGGACGGGCAGCUGAAGGGCAGUGUGGAGCUCACAGCCCCAGGGCAGGGGCGGUUUGCAGGCGAAGCUGCAGUGUCUGGAAGCUCCAGUGCCUCCGUGAAUGUGUGCAUGCUCCGCGUGGCCCCCAACACCUGGGAGGCCAUGCACCAAGAGAGGCGGCUGCGGCAGCCCGAACACAAGGUCCUGCAGCAGCUGCGGCACCGGGGGGACAACGUGUUUGUGGUGACGGAGGUGCUGCAGAUGCAAACGGAGGUGGAGGUCACCCGGACCCACAGGCACGAGGGCUCGGGCCAGUUUGCCCUGCCUGGAGCUGUGUGCUUGCAGGGCAAGGGCCAGGGCCACCUGAGCAGGAAGAAGACGGUUACCAUACCCUCAGGCAGCAUCCUUGCAUUCCAGGUGGCCCAGCUGGUUAUUGGCUCUGACUGGGAUAUCCUCCUCUUCCCUGACAAGAAGCAGAAGACCUUCAAGCUGCCCCAGGAGGGUAAGGCCUUGGGCUCCCCUUCUGCUCCCUGGGGGUCUGCCCUUACUGACCAGGGCUCUUUUGUCCCCACAGAUGGGACCUACAAGGACUGGUCGGCAGCCACUGAAUUCCAGGGCCUGAAGGCAGAGGUUGAAUGCCAGGCCAAGGGCCUGGAGAGCUUGUCCAAGGAGGUGUCCAGGCAGCUGCUGGGGGGCCUGAAGCAGGUGCUGAGGGAAGAGCUGGCCCUGCAAGUCCUGCAGGAGUCGCUGGAACAGGGCCUGUGCUGUGGGAGGAUGGAGCCUCUGGACGGGCCUGCAGGCAUCAUCCUCGAGUGCCUGGUGCUGUCCUCCGGAGAGCUAGAGAAAGAACUCGCCGGCCCUAUCCUCUACCUGCUGGAAGCACUGGAUGUGCUGAAUGAAACCCAGCAUAUGCUGCUGGCUGAGGAGCUGCAGGCGGGGGCCCUGCCUGGGCAGGUCAAGCUGGUGGGGAGGCUUCUGGAGCAGAGCAGCCCCUGGCAGGAACACAGGGCCAUAUCCCUGCUGCCCAAGUUCCUGGGGAGCAGCUGGGGCUCAGAGGGGCCCGCCUGGGUCCUGCUGGAGGAGUGUGGCCUAGAGCUGCAGGUGGGCGCCCCCCAGGUGUUCUGGGAGCCAGAGGCCCAAGGCCGCACAUGUGCACUCUAUGCCUGCCUGUCGCUGCUGUUGGAGCUGAGCUACCUCUGCUAGAUGGCACACCUGGGCAGCUCUCCAGGUGGUACAUAGUUCAUGCCCACCCAACUGCCAGUCCUGGGAAGGCAAAAGCCCAACCCAACCAUACAGCCAGUUUACCAUGGGGCCCGGGAGUUGGAUCAGGUCAAUAAAUGUGAUAUACAGGAAA